UCUAUUCUCGUUUUUUAAAACUUUCCAAAAAACUAACUAAAUAUUUAUUGUUUUUUUUAAUUUCAAUAAAUUAAUUAAUUGUAAAGCUCUGUUCAGCCAUCUUUUGUCAAUCGAAAAAAUUCUGUCUCGGCCAUUUGGACCCCGUUCUUUAAACUUUAAUAAUAAUAAUAAUGAGAUUAAUAAUAAGUCGACAGGCGGGCCAAGCAAAUUUCGUUUCGGUUUGGAGGUUCACGGCACGAUGCGAGAAGAAAAAUACAUGUGAAACAUGUGGAAUUUCACGCAGAUUCGCCUUCCAAGCUGUCAAGGAAAGAAGACGAGGAGAGUCGUCGCGAGGUCAAAAACAUGAAAUAUUGGGCGGCCAAAAUCGGCCAAGUGUUCCGGAAAGUAAAGCAAGCAAAGAAGCGAAGGAGAAGAAGUAUCGAUUCGUUUGUCUCCUCUCACGAUAGCGAGAUGGAAGACGAGGACAAUCAGACUAUUCGCUUUCGUCCGGAAGCCAUCGACACCCUGAUUCAACUGACCAAGUUCGACCGCAGGGAGCUUCAGCUCAUGUAUCGCGGAUUCAAACAGGAGUGUCCUUCGGGCAUGGUGAGGGAAGACGCUUUCAAAGGCAUCUACGCACAAUUCUUCCCUCGCGGAGCGGAUAUCACCCAGUAUGCCCACUACGUAUUCAAUACUUUCGAUCAUGAUCACACCGGAUCCAUCACUUUUACGGAUUUUGUAGUGGGACUGUCGGUGUUGGCCAGAGGAAGUCUUCGGGAGAAACUCCGUUGGGUCUUCGGUCUUUACGAUAUUAACGGUGACGGAUUCAUCACGAAAGACGAGAUGACCAGAAUCGUCAAUUCGAUAUACGACUUGAUGGGACGGACUACUGAACCCUCCCUGGAAGAUCAUAACGCUAAAGAGCAUGUGGAAAGAGUUUUUCAGAAAUUAGACCUAUACGUAAACCUAAGCCAAGUUGUGAGAAAGCAGCUAUAG